AUGAAGAGUCAUCGUCGAACGCCGACAUUAAGGACGGCGCUAUGGGUGUUCUUCAUAAUUGUAAUACCUACCGACACGCAAGACGCAGAUCCUAUCACAUCUCUAAUAAAUUUUAUUCAAGAAGGCACGAGUCAAUUAGAUAAUGAACCUCCCGAUCAAACAAACCUUUUCUCCGAAUACGACUUCAUAGUAGUCGGUGCAGGUACCGCGGGAUGUGUGAUAGCUAAUAGACUGACUGAAAUACCCGACUGGAAAGUCUUACUGGUAGAAGCUGGUUACAAUGAGAACUUCGUUAUGGACAUACCACUUCUCGCAAAUUAUCUCCAAUUUACAACCGCUAAUUGGAAGUAUAAAACGAAACCAUCCGAUAAAUAUUGCGCAGGAUUCGAGAAUAAACAAUGCAACUGGCCACGUGGUAAAGUUAUCGGUGGAUCUAGCGUAUUAAACUAUAUGAUUUAUACCAGAGGAGCGGCACAGGAUUAUAAUAAUUGGGAAGCAAUGGGUAACGAUGGUUGGGGAUGGGACGACGUUCUACCUUAUUUCAAAAAAAUCGAACAGUAUAACAUACCUACACAAAACGACUCAGUUUACCACGGACACAACGGGUACUUAAACGUUGAAUAUGCUCCUUUUCGUACUGACAAGGGUAAAGCGUGGGUCAAAGCAGCUCAAGAAUUAGGAUUUAAGUAUAAUGACUAUAAUGGAGCCAAUCCUGGCGGUGUAUCAUUUUUACAGCUUUCGAUGAAGAAUGGAACAAGGCAUAGUUCUAGUCGAGCAUAUCUUCACCCAAUCAAUAAGAGAAAAAAUCUUUACGUAUCUAAAAUGACCAUGGUCACUAAACUUAUAUUAGAUUCGACCCAAACGAAAGUAGUAGGCGUUGAAUUAGAAAAACGUGGUAAAAAGUACAAAAUUUUAGCUAAGAAAGAAGUCAUAGUAUCUGCUGGUACUAUUAAUUCACCGCAACUAUUAAUGCUGUCUGGAAUAGGACCAAGAGACCACUUGAACUCUUUGAACAUUCCUGUUGUUAAAGACUUACCAGUUGGAUACAAUUUAAUGGAUCACAUUGCCGCUGGCGGUGUUCAAUUUAUGGUACAACAAAGCAAUUUUAGUCUAAGUUCACAAUAUAUAUUGAAUCACUUAGAUGUCGUAUUUAAAUGGAUGGGUAAUCAUAAGGGUCCGCUUUCAAUCCCAGGUGGAUGUGAAGCUUUAGUUUUUUUGAAUUUAAAGGACAAAUUUAAUGUAACCGAAUGGCCUGAUUUGGAACUUCUAUUUAUAAGCGGUGGACUAAAUUCUAAUUCUUUAUUGCCGCGAAAUUUUGGUUUUGAUGAACAAAUUUAUUCAGAAACCUACGGUCCGUUGGGUAAUCAUGAUCUCUUCAUGGUACUUCCUAUGCUCAUGCGACCCAAGUCAAGAGGAAGGGUUAUGUUACGAAGCAGAAACCCUAAAAUACAUCCCACCUUAAUUCCAAACUACUUUGAGUUUCCAGAAGAUGUAAAGAAGAUAGUGGAAGGAAUAAAAUUAGCUAUAGAAAUUUCAAGACAGUCGUCAAUGAAAAAAAUAGGAACGAAAUUGUAUGAUGUACCCAUAGAAGACUGUUUAAAGUAUGGACCGUUUGGUAGUGAUGCGUAUUUCGCGUGUCAAGCAAAAAUGUUUACUUUUACUAUUUAUCACCAAAGCGGAACUUGCAAGAUGGGCGCUGAAAGUGACCCUACGUCAGUAGUAGAUUCUAAAUUAAAAGUGCAUGGCAUCUCAAGCUUAAGAGUUAUAGACGCUAGCAUAAUGCCUGAAAUAGUAUCAAGUCACACAAAUGCCCCUACAUACAUGAUAGCAGAAAAGGGCGCGGACAUGAUAAAGAGAGAUUGGGGACAAUAGAUUUAGCCAUCGAUAUUAUACAAAGCAUGAAUGUGAUUUUACUUUAAGAUUUAUUGUAUAAGUUAGUUGUUAAAAAUAUUUAUUAAUAAAGACAACGCUCAAAAUAA